UGUCAAUCAGGUUCCAAUCAAAAUGGAAUUGGGAUUCAGCGAUAUCCAACAACUUACCAAAUUAUUCAACCCGCCCAAAGACAAUUCCGAUUCCGAGGAUGAUAAUCAGGAAUGUGGAGACGAAGGCGACUCCACCGAUAUCAUCGGGCCGAAUGGCGACAAUGCCGAAGCGAAACCGAAGAAAGUAAAUCCUUAUAAUAAACUGGAAAACACCAACGAAUACAAGGAAUAUCUGAGCGAAGAAGGGUUUUAUGAGGAACAAGGUAAAAAAAGCGAAUCCGAUUGGAAGAAGACACCUGUUUGGGACAUUGCUUACAAACAACAAGUCACAGCUUCAGAUGUAUUUCUACAAAUUGGUUUGAAAGGUCCGGCGACCGCAAGUUGCGAAGACAUGAUAGUAACCGUAAAACUCCCUGGAGAUAGUCAUUACAACAUGGACUUGAAGAUACACAAAAACAACAUGGUGUUGGUGACUCCCAAACACUACCUGGAUUUGCAGCUGCCCCAUCCAGUCGAUCCCCAAUUGGGCAAUGCCAAAUGGGAUAAUGAAACCGAAAGUUUAGCGAUCACUUUAAGGAUGGACCGGGAAUUCGAUUUAGUUAAUUUUUGAAUGAUUUUUUAGAUACGUUCGGUUGGAGUAGUGGGGAUGUUUGUAGAA